AUGGCCUUUUUCUUGAUUGCGCCCGUCCUUGGUACUUUGAAUCUCGAGUUCCAAACAAGGGUCCACCAGGUUCGUCGCACUUCUUUAAAUUCGGUCCUUCUAAAUUACUCGGCCCAUUUACCUCAGUAGGUAGGCUUCGAAGGGCCUUUCAAACUCCCUUCAGCGUCUUUCUUUCUCCUCUUUGUAAGGUCACGGAGAUGCUUUACAAGGCUGUCACAAGGGUGGACCAGAAGCUAGCUGCAACGGGCGUCCCGCUCUACCACGUGAACACCCUUGCCGACGUCUUCUACCACAUCAAGUACAUGUACGUAGGCAAUGCUGUGCAUGAGCAGGUGCGUCCACUCCUGCCGCUUUUGAGACCGCGCCUUCAUGGUGCGCUCAAGUUCAUCCUGCCUCCGCUGCCGUCUGGACUACCCGGACUGCCUGCCCCCACCCCACCACAAGAGCACCACAAUCAGCAGCAGCAGCAGUCGGGGACCCCUGCCCAGCCUGUAUUCGAGGGUCGCGUCUACCGGGCUGCUAUCAAACCACCUUUGGGCGUAGAAGACUUCUAG